UGAGCCAUUGCAAUAUUAGCCGGGUAGAUUCUAUGGUACCCAAAAGGUACAAUACAUUUGUCCACUUGAACCAAUCAAAAUAUUGCAGUUGAAUUAUUUAAAUCUAAAUUAAAAAUGAUUUAAUGAUUUGGACCAAUCAUUUGAGUGGUAGGUACGAUACCUCAUUUUUUAAAUGAGUAACAGAGUUGUCACCUAUUAGCCGCUGAUUAGAAAUACUCUAUAUAAAAAAAAGAUUAGAAAUAUGUUUUUUUUAUAGAAAUACUCCGUAUAAAAUUAUCACUCCUCCAGUCCUCCAUACUGGCACUUAAAAUUAGCUUUUCAUGAACUCCGUAUUUCUCAUGACCAUCCCGGCCCAUAUAGCUUGUUGGCCAGCAAGCAAAUUUUUCAAGUACAUUGGAGAGGCCCUAGCGAUGAAAUAAUUGAGCUAAGAAAAGUGAAGUAUUCAAUCGAUCACAAACAAAAUGUAAGGUUAAUCCAGCUCAAAAGUUACGUUGAAACAGCUAAGGGAGUGUACUAUGUACUACUUAUAUCAUAAUUUCUGAAACUAUUUCGCAUAACAAGGACAGAGUACUGAGUACGAUCAUGAUGUUACCCCUGGCUAGGAACCACCUCUAUGUUAAUUACUGCUCCGGAUCCAUUCAAAAAUUGUUUGGAGUUUGAGGUAUUACCCACAAUCUGAAUCAAACAUGGAUGGGAGAAUUUCCACAGAAGAGCUGCCCCGCGAUGAGGAGGCUGAAGAAAUCACAAGCAGUGUGCAAGUGGAUGUAGAACUCAUCCAAUCGAUGAAAAGUCAGCUGCCGGUAUUGCCGAAAUUGACCACCAAAUCGGCCAGUUGCAGCAUUUUCCGGGUAUCCCAGGUCUUCACUGAUUCCGAUGUCAACGCCCGGUCGUAUCAACCUCGCACGGUCUCAAUCGGUCCCUACCACCGCGGGAAGCCGCAUCUGAGGGAGAUGGAGAAGCACAAGUGGAGGUUCUUGGCAAGAGCGAUAGCCAGGACGGGCGUGCAGGUGGAUUGCCUCAUAAAAGAGGUCAAGAGAGUAGAAGAACAGGCCAGAAAGUCGUAUUCUGAGGCUAUCCCUACUCCCAAAGACAAACCUAAUGAGUUUUUAGAGAUGUUGGUUCUUGAUGGGGUCUUUGUGAUUGAAAUACUUCGGGCAUUCAGCAAUGUGGUUCCCUUUGACAAAGACGACCUCUUUGGAUCAAUGCAAUGGAUGCGUUUCCGUCUCCGCGACGACUUUCUCUGCCUCGAGAACCAAAUACCAUAUAUCGUGCUCCAGAAAUUGUUCGAGCUUACUGAAAUGGUCAGCGAUAGGUUGCCCAGCGGGAGCCGCCCUACUCUGUUCGUCACGGCCCUCCACUUAUUCACAAUAUCUGAUGAAGUCGGAAGAGAACCGGAAAAGAUCGGCGAUCCUUUGGGUUGGGACUUUGAAGGGCUUCAUCUUCUUGAUCUAGUCCGGAAAAGUUAUUUCCCAAAGGGUCCAGCUUCGGAAAAGAGACCGAGUGGAGCAGAAAAUGUGCUGCCAGUUACGCGCAGUUCCCAGAAGACUCCCAAUGCAAGGAAUAUCCGGAGCGUCUCGAAGCUGCGGCGAGUUGGAAUCGAUGUGAAGCUGAGGAAACACUAUACUUUCCUGCAAGUGGAAUACAAGCGGGGAGUGAUCUGGAUGCCGCCGCUGGAGCUGGAUGACACGAUGUGCGCCUUCUUGUUGAACUGCGUGGCGUUCGAGCAGUGCCACAAGGGGAAAGACAGGCGCAUGUCGGAGUACGCGAAGUUCCUGGACUGCCUCAUAGACACGCACGAGGACGUGGAUCUCUUGUGCGAGGCCAAGAUCUUGCGCCACCACUUUGCGACGCAGCGUGAGGUAGCGGAUUUUGUCAUCCGGCUGGGGAACGCGGCGGCCUGCAAUGUCGCCGAAAGCUACUUGAUAGGAGUGUAUGUUCGAGUGGCGAAGCACUACCGCCAAUACGACAACAAAUUCCACGUUUACUGGGUCGAGGUGAGGAACACCUACUUCCGCUCUCCCUGGACCGCUCUGUCUCUGUUAGCUGCCCUUGUUCUGCUUGCUCUCACCGUGGCUCAGACCAUUUACACCAUCUAUCCUUAUUAUCACCCACACGAAGAGAAACACGCUACAACAACGAUGUAGUAUGUUUCUAGGAUGUUCCUAAUUUGGAAGGAUGUGCGUGAGAGGAAGGGAAGGGGGAGAAAUUGCAAGUUCAAUUUCAAAUAAAAAGUGUUUUUAUUUAUCAAACGCUACCAAUUUUUAUUUUUCUCGGCUUUCGUGUCAAAAGUGUUUUUCUCAUUUUAAAAUAUAUAAAGGAUUAUUCAUGUCUCUCCCUUCUUGAUUGGAGCCCCGUCCGGCCUCCUCCGUUUGGGGAUCUUCCCGGUGAUAUUUUUCGCUUAAUUUUUUUUAUGUACGUUCCUCAUCAAGUCUAGUUCAUUCAUAUCAAAUUAGAGCAAAAAAUUCAUAUAUAAAAUAAAGCAUAAGUACAAAUAAAGCAAAUUUGUACAUAUAUAAAAUUAUUAGGUAAAUAUCAUAUUAGUAUAUGAUUAAAAGUACUUUAGAUGGGAUCACAAUCCGGCCUAGUCUAUUCUAUGAGUCUCGUGCUUUAGUGCUGAUUUGAGCCAGUUCUUUUCAUUAAAAUUAAAACCUUCAAAAAUUUGUAAUAGAAUUUUUAUUUUUGAAUUUGUUCUGAUAAGAUUAUCUAAUAAUAUAAUGAUCUAAUCAUCUAAUCCAGAAGACAAGUUUAUUUUAAGAUAGAUUAAAUACUACUUGGGUAAUUAAUUAUUUCUAUUGACGGUUUUUACGUAAAUGAUAAGUAGAAAGGCGGUAGGAACUAAAAUCAAUAAGGCCUUAGAAAGAAGUGCAAGAAUAUUGACUUCCAUAAUCUCGUUUUUUUUUUUACUUUGCAAUAACUUGGGAUUUAAUCCCAUAUAAAACUUUUGGAUACAUCGG